ACUAAAAAUGUGCUUUAAUUUGAAGCCCAUAACGAUAUCCGAUAUCCAGCAAAAUUAAAAUAUAAGACACAACGUAGGGUUUGAACGAUUAAUGAGUGUUACUUUUAAGUUCAAUUUCGUCUCUGUAGACGUAAAUUCCAAUCAACAGAAUGGGUAAAAAUCAAUGCAUAUUCAUACUACCUGUUUAUGCAAGCUUCAUCAGGAUCAAGUCUAGAAAUGAUUUGGGAUGGAAACGAUCUAUUGCGUCACGAUUAUCGCCAAGUCGACUAGUCGAUUCUCAUUAUGGAACAUUAUACUGUACAAUCAGGUAUCUCGCAUAUCUCUCAUCGCAUCGCAUCAAACCGAACAGUGGUGUAUGCAAGAAGUGGCAGCCCCCAUGCAAGACAAAGUAUAAAUAUUUGCAAGCAUUAAUUCCAUUGCGUCCCAGCCGUCGUCAAUGAUAUUAAAGUUCAUAGUAUCGCCAACUUUAUCUACAAAUCCCUCACAGGCAGCGGUGCUAGUGGUAGGAUCAUCAUCAUCCAACGCGACAACUAGUUCCUCCCGCCGUCAUCUAAAUCUUCCAGUACCGUUGCUACUGCCACGAUCUACGGCGCAGAUAAGACCAGAACCUCCCCCACCGUAUUGGGCACAUUACCAGCAUCGUCCCGUUGGCACAGCAAGAGCAACGCCACUAGCCUCGGGUGAUCCUCGGCCUAUUCCAGUGUCCGGUUACACUAGUAGCAGUAGCAGUAGUUCCUCAACUGACGAAGGGGACGCUAGUGCCGGGGUCAACAAUGCACAGCAAGCCUCACCGUUAUCAGCAACAGCAGGAGCACAUAACUAUCGACGGAACCAUCCUACGGAGGGCAAUCCAAGGGCAUCAGCGAGAAAUCAUCGGUACAACAUUGCCCGUCAACAGCAACGUCAGCGGAUCAAAGAGCACUUGUUGAGUCAAGAUGCAUUUUGUCCGGAUUUGGUUCGUAAUUGCAAAAUUUCAACAGACCCACAAUCCGAACGAAACUCCCCCGAGCCGGAGCAAGUGCCGAGCACUAGCGGCUAUAACCGGUCAACGAAUGACCAAGAAAUUUACGUAGAAAUAGAGGAACUGAACCAAAGCCUGACUUCAGCUCAAAUCACAAUCACCAAUGCAGCAAACUCAUCUGAAACAGCCUGUGGAUCUAACACUCAGAACGUUCAAAGCGGCGUUCCAACAGGGGGGACCAUAACCACGACUGUUGGUGAUAUGGGUCAAAACCUGAGCAUCCGAAGGCCAAAAAUUUCUUUAACGUGGGUUCUACGCGAACAAGCUCAGCAACAGCAACAAAACCAGCAACAACCGGCAGGGAAUCUGCAACAAGUAAUUAGUCAACAAAACGGCAGUCAUUACAACCACCAUUUGACACAUUCAACCCAAUCUCGUCGACCGUCACCUGUGAAACCCAUUAUCAGCAACGGUACCACAGCGCUACCAUCGAAAACGGCAAUCAGUGUAAAUGUUCCAACCAGAAAGAAAUCUCGCAACAGCAGCAAAGAGCGAUUGUUUAGCGAAAAAUAUGUCAGCGAUAACAAUCUGACGGAGUAUCACAACGAUAAAUCGAAAUCGAAUAAUAUUGUACAUGUAUUGGAUGGAUCGUCUGCUCCCCCGUCUACUGAACAUCACAACAGCUACAAUGGCAUUUACCGUAAAAGUAAUCGAAGCUAUCGUAAAAACAGCGAUCGCCUCAAAAAAAAAGACCGUUCCUCAAUAUAUCCCAAUCUGGUGCAGAGUGAAACUGUAGACAAUUUGCUGAACAAUAACAAUAACAGUAUUAUCGUUAAUCUCAACCAGGAAGACAAACUGCUGAAGGAGAAGUCUGUGCUCGCGCUCAAAAACACUUAUUCGGAACCCACUCUUUAUACAACCGUUUCGGAGCCAUCCUCCUCGAAAAAACAUCGUCACCGACGGCGGAGAGAACGCUUCCGGUCUCAGCGAUUUGGCUAUGAAAUUCAAAAUGUUGACGAAUUUCUAUCCAAAUGUUCGCUCUCCUCACCGGGCAACAUUCCCGUGGUGCUUUCAUCGGCGGCCACCCUCUAUCAGACCCGGCCCGGCAGCUACCAGAUCGAAAUACCGCUGCCCCUGGGGAUGGUCGUCAACGCAGUGUUCAAAAAUCAAAACUGGCUGUACGUUCAAACACCACACGCCGAAGAGGGCUACGUGGCGUACGAGACGUGUCUGCCACUUGGCAUUCUGCCACCAAACCAAAGAUCAAGCUCUACUUCCAAGCCCACACCAUGUUGGGAAACAAACAAAGACGUCUUCCCCCGUCCGAGCGGUAAUCUAACCGACAGCGAGAAAGAGAUACAACAGCUUCGAGGUGGAACCCGCUCUGAAGGUCGACGGACGCCGCGCCUCAAACGUAGCAGUACCAACAGCCGCAGCAUCGCCUCGAUCGCGUGUAACAGCGAGAAAAAUCUGGACUCAUUGUACCUACGGGUAGCGAACCAGCCCAAAUCGUUCGACUCCCAGACCCAAUUUGCUCAACUCAAACUUACGACGAAAGUGCUCAAUGGGAACGUUAAUUCAGGAAAGGUGGAUAAAAUACUGAACAAGGACCAAUCGGAGAAGACAGCUACCAGCGGUGACUUUAAUCACGUGCCGAAGCAACAGCAACAACAACAACUACAACAGCAUCAGGCGCAUAACCCAUUCUAUCAUCACCAUCACCACAAGAUUCUGCUGAAAAGCGGAAACAACGGAAGUGGCUCAGCUAGCAGUGUCAUCAACGCAGGACAUUACCAUAAGACUGUAAACAAAAUUAGCUAUAGCAGUAAUAAUAACAGCAUUAAUUGUAACGUUAAGUUAGUCAGCAGUAACAGCAAUAAUCUACGAUCGGCGACCGCAGUCCGGCAGACUUUGCUGGCCAUCACCGAUAACUACUGCUCGGAUUCGGUUAGUGUGCAGAAGGGCGAUGUGGUCACUCUGCUCGCAUGUAAAGAGUACCAAGAGAAGGGACUUAAGAAUUACAAGCAGUGGUUUUUCGUGAGAACACGCGAUGGCCACGAAGGGUAUAUACCAGCGGAGGCUGCCGGUCACGGUUUUCUCUAACGUCUUAGCGAUGGAAAUAGGUUCAUCAUAGUUUGAACAUGUAAAGAAAUAUUAAUAAACGUUUGCUUGCGAUAGAAUUGUACUACACAUAAGCGUUAAUUGUUUAUAACCAAAUGAUAUUUAAAU